AUUCUACGGAUGCAUUAACGACUCUGAACACUGCUAAACAUACACUCCAACAUGCAGCAUGCUUCCUCGGCCUCCAGUUCCAAGGCGCCCCCGGGCACGAUCGACUUCCUCCCGGACCUCUUCGCGCGCGCACACGCCGCGCACCCCGACUUCCCACUCGACCACGUCAUCAUCCAGUCGCUGCUCCUAUGCCUCAUUGCCCAGCCGCGGUCCCCGAGUGUGAGCGCGAAGCAGGCGUAUGACAGCGCCGUCCGUCCUGGGUUACAUUUGAUCCUGCGGACGCGGGAAGAGGAUGUGGGGGUUGUUGUCAACCUCGUUGCACUGACUCUACAACACGUCCUCGGCGUUUCCACGCACAAGCACAAGAUUGGUGCCCGCACCGACCCGCCGUCCCGCCAACGCCGCCGCCGCUCCACCGGGGCUACCCACACCUCGUCUCAUGCUCCCGCGACCGACGAUCCCGACGCGUUCCUCCGUGCCCUCUUCUUCCGGCGCGGCCCCCACCCCUCGUUCUCCUCCCACCGCAGCAGCACCCCGCGCCCGCGCUCUGGGAUAAGCCUUGACGCGACCCCGAAGUCCGGGACGAUCCCGCUUGGGGGGCAGGCAAAGAGCCCCCGGGGCGUGGCGCAUGUGCCCCACCGCUCGGCGUCGUACACGGCCGCGCCGAGCACGGACGGGGAAGACGAGUAUUUCGACGCGUCCUCCCUCGCGUCGUCGCGCCGCCCACUGCUGCCGGGCCACACGCCUGCGUCGACGAUGCGGUCCCGCGGGUCGAGCAGAGCCCGGCCGAGCGCACACCGGCUUCGCACGGACCCGUUGCCACUCUCGUCGCUGUUCACGCUACCUGGUUCCGAGGGGCACGACAGCCCGGCGUCGACCCCCGCGACUACAACCACGACUGACAGCCUGAGGCCCCAGAAGAGCGGACCUGGAAGCGAACGGGCCAGCGAUCCUGGACAGCCGGUAUCGGCGAUGCCCAGGGCCGUGGUGGUGUCCGGAUUAGAGCACACCACACCACCUGCCCAGAGAGCUCUGAUGAGGGUGCUUACGGAGAGGCGACUGAUCAUGAGCGGCUACGGCGGCGACCAGGAGGGAGAUAGUACAGAGCGAGAGGUUGACGUGGACGUCGAAGACGGGACAUGGAAUUUGCCCGAUGGUUUCGUGAUGGUUUAUGUGUGCAAAUGGGACCCGCACGAACGGCCUCCGAUACAACGCGGCUUGCUUGACAAGUUCUCGAUGAGUUCAGAAAUCUUACUUCCGGCCGCCGUACGACAGCAUUAUCUCGCCUACCGCGCAGCGCAUAGUACACCCACUCCUCGCGGAACACCCAUCCCCUCCCCUCUCGCCCUACCCCACUCAAUCCACUCAUUCUUCCCGAACCCUUCGCAUUCGCCAGCACGGCGACCCGCACCCCUGCCCGUACCCACGCCGCAACUCCCCCCUGUGCUGUCUUCAUCUGAGCUAGCCGACCUGCGCAUGCUCGCACGGCCGUACCCCACCACAGGGCCGAUCUUUUACCCCUCCGUCCACGCAACCUUGCAACCCAUGCCCGUUUUGCCCCUGCCACCACAGCCGCCGCCCUACGCAGCACUCCACCCCUCCCUCGAAAUUUACCUGCUCGACCUCUUUGCAGCGACACGGCACCACCCCAUGCUCGAGGGCACAUUGCUCACGCAACGCGCACACGCCGAUGCAGAGGCGCUCGCGCGCGCCUUCCGCGUUCUCAACGGGGACACGCUCGGGACGGCGUUGAUCGUGCAGGAGGCGCAGUUGGGGGGAGAUCGGGAGACCGCCGCCGCGGAGAGCUUCGACGACGCGAGCUGGACGGAGGACGGGUGGCGUAGCGUGGAGAGCCUCACGCGCAGCGGGCGCAUCAAGGCCGAGUUUCUCGGGGUGGAUAAUGGGGUGCGCGUGCGGGUGAAUGGGGACUCGGUGCAUUCGGACGGCGCGAGCGCGCUGUCAGGAAUGUAUGGCGAUGGCGGUGGGAGCGGGGCGAGUCCCCCGGAGGCGCAGGCGUUGGCGAUGGCGCGUGCGUGGCCGGAGGUGUGGGAUGUGUCGGAGGAGGACGUCGCCAGGGUCUUUCCGCGUGCGGUGUCGCACCGACUGAGGGUACGCGAUGGCCCCGACGACGAGGUGUUGGGCAGCGUGAUGUGGCCUGCAGUACCACCGGAGGGGGCCGCGGCUGCGGCUGCAAUGUGCGGAGCUGUGGUGGACGGGAGUCCACAGCCGGACGGCCUUGGGAGACCGAUGGGGUGGGAUAGGAAAACCGUGAAAGAGAUAUUGGUGCGGGUACUAGCGGAGGUAUGACUCUGCAGAUGUAGGGAUAUAUGCACGAAGAGCUUGCGUGUCUGGGACGCCGAUGUCGUCCCUACAGGACAGGCGCAUCGUCCGGUAGUCGUUCGUUGCCGCGAAAUACGACGUGCCCUGCGCGUUCGAAUAGCGGUGGGGCGCGAGCUGUAGCCUUGCUGCGCUGUCGUUUGUGUUUCUUCUUACGCAGUGGGAUAGGAGAUUCUGUAGAUUGCGCAUCCGCAUCCAUCGUUGAGGUCUCUCCGCCCGCUUGAAGAGCAGUAGCGGGUGUAGACGGCGAGGGCGCAAAAGUUGUGUUCACAACGGCUACGUUGUCUGCGGGCAGCGUCCCAUCAAUACCAAGCACAGGCGGCGCGGGUAUGCGACGAGAGGCGUUGCAGGUCAAGCAUGUAUACACCACAGCAUGUCGGUGAGAGAAUGUAGGUCUGACACGCACGAUGGCCGUCGAGCCGGGAAGCAGGAUAGUAUCACAGCUCUUGCACAGCGUCCGUUUAAGAGACGGGUCCAUUCUGACCAUAGUCUUCUGCCCGACGGUGCGCAUUGACCCGAUGUAGCUCCUUGAAAGCUCUGCGGUAUCUCUCGGAUGUCUGACCUUCUGCUUUUUCUUGGAUUUCCCUUUAACAGCUGGUGCUGGUUGCUGGGGCUGUACGGCGCUGGUGGGAAGCGUUUGCGAUACGGAGUUGAGGUAAGCGCUGGCCUGGUAGAGAAAGUUUAUACGUUGGAUGAUGUCUCUGUUUGCAACACCAUGCAGAUUCGCAACAGGUUCGCUGUCC